UGCCAACACUGCCUGUCUGACAACUAAGUGGCAGAGCCAACACGUGCGGGAGUUUUGUUUUGUUUUUUGCUAGGAACCAGCCAACAAAAUGAAAUUUUCUUACAAAUUUUCCAACUUGUUGGGUACAAUUUAUCGCAAUGGAAAUUUGGUCUUCUCGCCGGAUGGAAAUUCAGUUAUUAGUCCCGUGGGCAAUCGGAUAACGGUGCACGAUUUGAAAAACAACAAAUCACGCACACUUUCAUUGGAGUCUCGCUAUAAUUACACGAACAUUGCACUCUCUCCGGAUGGAAGCCUGCUGAUCGCUGUCAACGAGCAGGGCGAUGCUCAACUCAUCAGCAUGAUGUCCUGCACGGUGAUACACAGACACAAAUUCCAAACUGGCGUGCAGUGCAUCUGCUUCAGUCCCGACGGCAAAUAUUUUGCCGUGGCGCGUGAGAAUUUGGUGCUCAUCUUCUGCGCACCUGGAGAAAUCACCGGAGAGUACAAUCCGUUUGUGCUGAAACGAAGCUUCCUCGGUGGCUAUGAUGAUGUUACCUGGCUGGAUUGGUCGUCUGAUUCUCGGUUACUGGCCAUUGGCUGCCGUGACAGCUCCACAAAGAUCUGCGCUGUCAACUACACAACGAAUUUCCGCACCUACAACUUAAGUGGGCACACAGACGGCAUUGUGUCCUGCUUCUUCGAAGCCAACAGCUUACAUCUCAACACAAUCAGUCGGAAUGGACAGCUGUGUUUGUGGGAAUGCAGUUUGGCCCCAUCGGAUUUGGAGAAUGCAGAGAAACCAGAGGUGCCAGCGCCAAAAAGCCGGAGGCUAGAGCAAAAAGACUCGGACAAUGAAUCCGAAGACGAUGUGGAAAACGUGGUAGAGAAGCAAGCUUUAAAAGAAGACUCGGCAGCUAUCGCCCACGAUGUGAAUGAACUGAAGGACGAGGCAGUCAAGAAGAUGCAUCCUUUCUUUUAUAAGAAGCUGGCCCGACACUAUCUGGCUGAUGAACCACGCAAGGAGCAAAGGGAUGCCCAGUUGACGGCAGCCAACUACAAUAGGCGCACCAAGGUAUUGGUUGUGGCCUUCAGCACCGGAGCAUUCUACCUAUACGAGCUGCCCGAUGUGAACAUGAUCCACUCGCUGAGCAUUUCCGACUAUCCCAUCUCGGCGGCUAUGUUCAACAGCACUGGUGAUUGGGUGGCCUUGGCGUCGCGUGAGAUCGGACAACUCUUGGUCUGGGAAUGGCAAAGCGAGCAGUAUAUCAUGAAGCAACAGGGCCACAGUAGCGAGAUGACAUGCAUUGCCUACUCCUCCGAUGGCCAGUACAUUGCCACUGGCGGUGAGGACUCCAAGGUGAAGCUGUGGAACACCCAAAGCAGCUUCUGUUUCGUCACCUUCAGUGAGCACACCAGCGGUGUGACUGGCAUACAGUUCAGUAGGAACAAGAAGUUUUUGGUCAGCAGCUCCCUCGAUGGCACAGUGCGUGCCUUUGAUGUCAUCAGAUAUCGCAACUUUAGGACCUUUACGUCACCGAGUCCCGCGCAAUUUUCUUGCGUCGCAGUGGACAAUUCCGGUGAGUUGGUCGUGGCAGGUGGGCAGGAUAUCUUCGACAUAUUCCUUUGGUCGGUGAAAACGGGCAAACUGCUAGAGAUCAUCAGCGGCCAUGAGGGUCCAGUUGUCUCGUUAGCUUUCUCGCCAGUUGCCACAUCAUCCACUCUGGUUUCCGGCUCUUGGGACAAGACAAUCAAGAUUUGGAAUUGCCUGGAGAGCAACAGCGAGCAUGAAACUAUUGACGCUGUCUCAGAUGUCACAAAUGUGACAUUCAGUCCCAGCGGUGAAGAGAUUGCUGUGGCCACUCUGAGCGGUAACAUAACCAUUUUUGACAUCAAAUCUGCCAGCCAAGUGACCAGCAUAGAGGGACGCAAUGAUCUGAGCAGCGGUCGCAUGGAAACCGAUGUGAUAACAGCCAAGAAGAAUGCCCAAGCCAAUUACUUCUCUACCAUUGAGUACUCUGCGGAUGGAGAGUGUCUGCUGGCUGCCGGAAAGUCUCCCAAUAUUUGUAUAUACCAUGUGAAGGAGGCCAUCCUCCUCAAGAAAUUCCAGAUCACUCAGAACCACAGCUUAGAUGGCCUGAAUGAUUAUAUCAGUCGUAAGCAUUUAAGCGAGUUCGGCAAUAUGGCACUGGUGGAGCAACGCGAAGAGUUCGAGGGUGGAAAGGUUGCCAUUCGACUGCCUGGUGUACGCAAAGGGGACAUGUCCUCCCGCCGCUUUCAGCCCGAGGUGAGAGUGUUCUCUGUGAAGUUCUCGCCUACUGGUCAGGCUUUUGCCGCUGCUGGAACUGAGGGACUCUGCAUCUAUGCAUUGGAUAAGGGCGUUGUCUUUGAUCCGUUUGACUUGUCGCUGGAGGUGACGCCCAAGGCGGUCCAUGAGUCCCUUAAAAAGCUGGACUUUACAAAGGCGCUGGUUAUGUCCUUGAAGCUAAAUGAACCCAAUUUGAUUGCUUUGGUGGUGGAGCGUGUGCCGUACAGGGAUAUCGAACUAGUCUGUGCGGAUCUAUCAACAGACUUUGCCCAGCGCUUGUUGCAGCAAUUGGCUCGCCUCUUGCAGUCCACGCCACACAUUGAGUUCUAUCUGCAAUGGAGCUGCUGCCUACUGACACAGCAUGGAAAUCAGGAUGGCGUCUUCCAGCACACUGGCCUGCUGGCCCUGCAUGAAAUCCUCUCCAGAAAAUAUGAAACCCUCAAUAAAAUCUGUGACUAUAACAAGUACACAUUGAGGGUUCUCCUGGACAGGGCCGAUAAGUUGGAUCAAGAGAAUGAGGGCAACAAGAGUACCAAUGACGGGGACAGCGAUGAUGAUAUGCUGCUUAUUAGAACAAAAGAGGAUAGUUCAUCGCAGAUGCAGUUUAGCGACGAGGAGGAGAGUGCCACCGAAUCCGAGGAUGAUGAAUAGAGAAUCCUUCUUUUUGAUUGUGUUUAAAUGCAAUUAUUAGUUUGUUUGUUAAAUGUA